UUACGCAUGCUCUUGUGACACAUCUAUCCAAUAUUAUUUGUGCAAAGCUCAAGCCUGAAGGCAGACCUUGUUAAAAAGGGCAGGAAGUAAAUUUGGUUCUCUACAAUGAUUUCUGCAAGAGUAGCCCGAUCUUUAGCUCGUAAUGUCUCUGUGAUAAAGCAAUGCAGAAGAAGUGGAGGUUUUUUAGUUUCAAGAUGUUUCCAGACAACAGCUUAUAAACCUGCUAUUGCUGAAGUAUCUGCUAUACUUGAAGAGAGGAUUUUAAAAACUUCAAGUAAGGUUGGACUUGAAGAGGCUGGCAAAGUACUCUCUGUUGGAGAUGGUAUUGCUAGAGUUUAUGGAUUAAAAAAUGUUCAAGCCGAAGAGAUGGUGGAGUUUUCAAGUGGAUUAAAGGGAAUGGCCUUAAAUUUGGAGGCUGAUAAUGUUGGUGUGGUCGUUUUUGGUAAUGAUAAACUAAUUAAAGAAGGAGAUAUUGUUAAAAGAACUGGGGCUAUUGUUGAUGUUCCUGUUGGUGAAGGUCUUUUGGGUCGUGUUGUAGAUGCCCUAGGAAAUCCUAUUGAUGGUCUAGGGCCUGUGGAUUGUCCUAAACGUGCGCGUGUUGGUGUAAAGGCUCCUGGCAUUAUUCCAAGAACAUCUGUAAAGGAACCUAUGUUGACAGGUAUAAAAGCUGUUGAUAGCUUGGUACCUAUUGGAAGAGGACAGCGAGAGUUGAUUAUUGGAGAUCGUCAAACAGGAAAGACUGCAAUUGCAAUUGACACUAUUAUUAACCAAAAAAGAUUUAAUGAUUCUAAUGAUGAAAAAAAGAAACUUUACUGUAUAUAUGUUGCUAUUGGCCAGAAACGAAGUACUGUUGCUCAGUUAGUAAAACAGCUUUCUGAUGCUGGAGCAAUGAAAUACACGAUAGUUGUUAGCGCAACAGCAUCAGAUGCAGCUCCUCUUCAAUAUUUAGCUCCAUAUUCUGGUUGUGCCAUGGGAGAAUAUUUUAGGGAUAAUGGAAAACACGCUUUAAUUAUUUAUGAUGAUUUAUCUAAACAAGCCGUAGCCUACCGUCAAAUGUCUCUUCUUUUGAGACGUCCACCAGGUAGAGAAGCAUAUCCUGGAGAUGUUUUCUAUCUACACUCUCGUCUUCUUGAGCGUGCAGCUAAAAUGAGUGAAGCAUUUGGUGGUGGUUCACUUACUGCUCUUCCUGUUAUUGAAACACAAGCUGGUGAUGUUUCUGCUUAUAUCCCAACUAAUGUUAUUUCUAUUACUGAUGGGCAGAUAUUUUUGGAAAGUGAACUUUUUUACAAAGGUAUUCGACCUGCCAUCAAUGUUGGUUUGUCAGUAUCACGUGUCGGAUCAGCUGCUCAAACAAAAGCAAUGAAGCAAGUUGCAGGCUCAAUGAAGUUAGAGCUUGCUCAAUAUAGAGAAGUUGCUGCUUUUGCACAGUUUGGGUCUGAUCUUGAUGCUGCAACACAAGCAUUGCUAAACCGCGGUGUAAGAUUAACUGAGCUAUUAAAGCAAGGACAGUAUGUACCUAUGGAUAUUGCAGAGCAAGUUGCAACAAUAUACGCCGGUGUCAGAGGACAUCUUGAUAAAUUAGACCCUUCAAAAGUAACUUCUUUCGAAAGAUCUUUUGUUAAACACGUGCGGACGGCUCACUCAGGCUUGUUGGAUACUAUUCGAUCUGAAGGAAAAAUAUCUGAAUCUACCGAAGCUAAGCUAAAAGAAGUUGUUGUGUCAUUUAUGCAAUCCUUUGAAUGAACACUAGUUAUUUCAAUUGUUUUUUUGCCUAGAGUCAAACAAAUAAUUAAAAUAAAUUUUAUUAUCUCGA